AUGGAGGUCCGCGAGGAGCCGCGAGGGGGACAUACCCCAACUGCAGCACAAGAGGAGGAGGAGGAGCAGGAGGGGAGCAGAGGAGCGCUGAAUACUAAUCACUCUGAAGGAGACUUGGGAGCACAGCAGCAGACAGACGCGCACGAAGACGCGCGCGCACGGCACUCGGAGGAUGAGAUGAGCGCCGCUGGAGCGGACAGAUGCGCACAGACUCUGGCGGGGACAGACCCGGGGUCACACGGGGACCAGCAGAACACCGCGGACAUGAGAGACAGCGCAGCCCCACAGAGCACGGCCGACGGGCGGCUGGAGCGGCUGGAGAGGCAGAGGACCGAGGACAUCGUGGACCUGCCAGCUCACGUCCUGCACCGGCUGCGGGGAAUGCAGAAGUACAAGAGCGCCUCCCAGAGGAUGAAGGGUGUCUUGGAGCAGAUGGACCAGGGAGUCGUGGACCUGCAGGAGCUGCGCAGGAACCUGGAGCUGGCGUCGGCCAUGUUGGAUGCCAUCUACACGGACGAGACCAAGAGACUGCUGGACACGGAGGACGAGCUGAGCGAGCUGAAGGCGGAGUCUGUGCCCACCGAGGUCCGUGAUUGGCUGGCCUGCACCUUCAGCAGUAAGAUGGGCGUGGCCAAACGGCGCCCGGAAGAGAAGCCCAAAUUUAGGAGUAUUGUCCACGCAGUGCAGGCGGGCAUCUUUGUGGAGAGAAUGUACAGAAGAACAUCCAACAUGGCCGGCCUCACCUACCCCCCCACUGCCAUCAGCGCGCUCAAGGUGGUGGAUCAGUGGUCCUUCGACGUGUUCUCCUUCCAGAGCGCCACAGGAGACCACGCCCUCAAGUUCAUGGUCUACGACCUCCUGACGCGCUACGACCUCAUCAGCCGCUAUAGGAUCCCGGUGCAGGCCGUGGUGCUGUUCGUGGAGGCUCUGGAGGCCGGUUACAGCAAACACCGGAACCCGUACCACAACCUGAUCCACGCGGCAGACGUCACACAGACCGCACACUUCCUCAUGCUACACACCGGACUCAUGCACUGGUUGAGUGAGCUGGAGAUUCUGGCCAUGGUUUUUGCAGCCGCCAUCCAUGACUUUGAGCACACGGGAUCAACUAACAACUUUCACAUCCACACAAGGUCGGAGGUCGCCAUCCUGUACAACGACCGCUCAGUGCUGGAGAACCACCACGUGAGCGCCGCCUACAGGCUAAUGGCGGACGAGGAGAUGAACAUCCUGAUUAACCUCAACAAGGACGACUGGAGAGAGCUGAGGGCCCUGGUCAUUGAGAUGGUGAUGUCCACAGACAUGUCCUGUCACUUCCAGCAGAUCAAGACAAUGAGGAACUCUGUGUCGCAGACGCCCAGCUUAGACAAAGUGAAGGUGCUCUCCCUGGUGCUCCAUGCCGCAGACAUCAGCCACCCGGCCCGGGCCUGGCCCCUGCACUACCGCUGGACCCAGAACCUCAUGGAGGAGUUCUUCAGACAGGGGGAUAAAGAGGUGAAACUGGGCCUGCCCUUCUCUCCACUGUGCGACAGGAAAGCCACCAUGAUUGCACAGUCCCAGAUCGGUUUCAUUGACUUCAUCGUGGAGCCCACCUUCAGUGUGUUGGUGGACACGAUGGAGAAGGUCAUCGCUCCAUUGAUCGAAGAGGACCGCAAGAGCAAAGAGUCGGGCAACAGGAGAUCCAGUCUGACCGGCAGUGGCACCGUGACCGUGGAGUCGGUCCAGAGGCACAGCAGUGGACGCCAUGGACACGAGGACAUGCAGACGGACUUCUCUCUGACCGCCAUUGACCUGCCAGGUCUGCGGCAGCGGCUCAGCGGGGUCAUCGUCAGCAACAAGGAGCGUUGGAAAGAGCUGGCACUGCACGAGGUGGCUAAUAAGGAGCAAGAGAAGAAAGAAGAGGCUGAGCCAAAAGCCAACCCAGAGAGUGAACCACACGAUUCCCCCAGCCACGAUGUUGACCAAUCACAGAGCUCCGAGAACCCUCCUGACCCGCAGGAUCACUCCAACUGGAACGGGGCGGGGCCAGGUGUUGUUAAAGAAGAAGAGGAGGAGGAGGAGGCUACAGAGAGCGAGGACGCCUGA